AUGCUAGCUCUCGCAGACAACAUUUUACGUUUGAUCAAUUUCAUAUUUUUAGUCAUUUGUUUAGGUUUAGUGUCAGCACUAAUCAACACUCAAAAACACCAUGUUUCUCGUGUUAACUACUGUAUGUUUACAGCUGCCUACUCAAUUGCUACAGAUUCCUUCUACGGUAUAUUUGCCAAUUUCUGGGAUCCAUUAGCAUGGCCAUUUGUUCUAACCACAUUAGAUUUCCUAAAUUUUGCUUUUACAUUCACCGCUGGUACCGUGAUGGCUGUCGGUACUAGAACUCAUUCCUGUAAGAAUCAACAUUAUUUGGAUAAGAAUUCUAUUACCCAAGGUUCUGAGAACCGUUGUAGAAUGGCUCAAGCCUACACUGCCUUCAUCUAUUUCUCAAUGGCCAUUUUCUUCUUCAAGAUGAUUAUGUCUGCUAUUAACAUGUUCCAAAAUGGUGCAUUCUCCAACAAUUCUUACGUCAGCAGGAGAAGAAGAAAUGCUGCUGCUGCUGCUCAAGGCAUUCCAAACAUCUCUCAAGUUUAA